GCAAACCUUCCCGCAAACCUUUCCGGCAGUGGAGAAACGCCGUCGGGUUGUGGUGCGUGUCUCUUGUUGUUUUGUGUAAAGUGUGUACCCCGUUGUGGCCCCGUGCGCGUGUGAUGUGAAAAUUAGGCUUGCCCCUAGAAAGUCACCCAGGUAGGGCCCCAUCCUCCGCCGUGUGCGCUGUGCGACGCAUCGAAAUGUGUGCGACCUAUUAAAUGUUCGUCCAAAUCGUAAGCCAAAAGUCGUUCGCCCGCACAGGUGAAAAGCAAGUUGCCCCUAGCCGAAUGUACAUCGAAGUGCAGCAGCAGCAGCAGCAGCAGAGUUGCACACUAAACACUAAAAAAACCAAAUGCUUCUAGUACACGUUUGUUAAGUAAGGACGUAACUGUCUCCCCGGGAGGGCAGUUGAACAGGCAAGAAAAAAGAAACACGAUCUCAUUGAAGUUGUCCCCUAUCACCUGGAAACGGUUUUUUCAAACCGACGCGCGUGUUGAAUAAAGCGCAGUAAAAAUACGCCACCCCGCUAAAGGCUGCGAUCGAUCAGGCGCACGACCAGCAUCAGCAAUGAAAUAUCCCGGCGGCAACCCAUCCACAAUGUUUUGCGAACAGGUCGGCACCGUGACGUCACUGUUCGAGCAGUGGAAUGAUUGCGAGCGAACGGUCGUACUGUACGCGCUGCUGAAGCGUGUCCCGUUCGCCAAUCUAAAGUUCCUGCAGGUUUCGAUCGAUUACAAUCUAGCGCAAAACUACAGCACGCAGGCAAAGCUGCAGCAGCUCGAAACGAAGGCAAACAGCACGAUUCUGCUCGGUAUGCUGGUGCAGCGAUACUAUCAGCUAAGCGGACACAGCAGUGCUGCUGCCACACUCCUAAUCGGUAGCACACCGUUGAACAACAACAACAAUAACAGCAAUAGUGUGAAUAAUAAUCUCAAAAACACCACCACCGAUGCGUCCACGCUGUACGAGCUGCUAAAGAAAUCGUCCAACCCGACUGGUGUGGAUGGUGGCGUUCCUGCCAUCCUGAAAGAAUCUCCUGUCAUUAGCGGUACGAUAAAUUCCUCCACGACCGCGGCAAUACCGCCGGCACACAACCCGCUCGCACCGAAGGGUGGCCAUGAGCAGCAGCAGCAGCAACAGCAUCUUCAGCGGGAACCGGAAACGAAGGAAGAUAUUCUGAAGGAUAUCCUCAUGUACCUGCCACUGCUGGCGCCGGGAAAUGAUGAAGCCAAGAGCCUGUACAUGUCACUAAUACCGGCAGCAGUGGAUGAUGCAUGCCGACAGCUCGUACCGACGGAAAUUGUUCAGCAGACGCUGUCCUACCUACUUAUACAUCCCGCUAUUACGAACGACGAUCGACGCGUUCUAAGUCACUGGUUGCGGUACUUGGAAGACUUCAUUUCCACAUCGUACCUUCCACCCGCUAGCACGGCAUCUGUCGUGAAAAGUAGGAACUUUUUCAACAUUCAGCAAGUCGCUGGUGUAGGCAACGGUACAAGCAGCACUAGCAGCAUUAGCAGCAAUGGUACAGCAACGGUACCGAGUACCAACCCACAUGUACAGUAUCUAUCAACAUCGACAAACUCUUCCAGUGGAGGAGGCUUGGGUGCAAACUCAUGGACAAACGGAGGAUCCGCUCCGGGCUCGCAGAUCGUACCAGGUACGGUGACGGUUCAGCUUCCAUCGGCCGUACACCAGCUUCACCAGCAGCAGCACCAGACGUCCGCGUCCGUGCUGUCGAAAUCGCAACAAAGCCUAAAUCACACGACAACGACCGGCAGCGUGUCCGGCGGCAACAGCAAUAAUAGCAAUAGUCAUAUCAACAAUAGCAGUAGCUCCAGUACGAGCUCUUCCAGCUCGACCACCAGUUCCAGCUCGUGUCUGGAUAGUGCUGCAUCGCAGCUGUUAAAAACGGCGGCCUCUCCUAGAUUACCAUCGCAGCAACAAUCACCCGACUGGGUGCCGGAGCAUGUGGAAGACCCUAAAUCGGUGAACGAGUUUAGCAAGACGAUUGGACAGAGUUUGCUUGCAUCUAGUCAAUCAAUGAUGUGCAGCACUAACAGUAGCAACGGUACAGGUAGUUCCCUAGUGCCGAGCAACGGUGCUGGUGGAGGUGGAGGCUGCAUUAACGUGACCCUGCCCCUACACAACACCCAGCAACAGCAGCAGCAGCAGCAGCAACAACAACAACGGCCUACAGUGACGGGUGGUGGACCCACGGCCGAAACUGCAUCCUGCGAUACGCAUCACGAUCUCAUGGCCGCCACAGAAUCGCUACUGUACGAUUCCACCGACGAGGAUCACAUUUCGUUCAGCAAGAACGGUACGGAAAUAUUCGACUACGAUUGUGAUUUCGAUAACGAGGACGAGUUUAACUACCUAACGCGCAGUGCGGCAGCAAUCCGGGCAGCGGAAGCGGCCGCUCCAAACGCGAUACCAUCCGCUGCAACCACUCCGGCUGGUUCCGGAGCUGGACCGGGAACGGCGGGGCUAAUGCACGCGACCGGUAAAAAGCUAGUCUCGUUCAAUAGUAACGUAAACGAUUUCUUGCGUGUGCCACUGCUCAGUAGCUUCGGGCAGCACAGUUUACUGUCGUCGGCCGGCACUAGCUGCGGUGGUGCGCUGCUUGAUUUAGAUCUGGACGGCACGCUGUUGAAAACGCGCCGUUCCAACAGUCUUACCACGCCUACAACCCUUUCCGCGCUCGGCGUUGGAGAGCUAAAUGCGCAGCAGAAGCAAAACAACGAAUGUUUGUCGGCGGAGAACCUUUCCAAUCUGCAGCUGUUGCAGAACAAACCACGCAGCUUCUCGUUGACGAUGGAAAGCCCCCGGUCGUCGUUGGCAUCGAGUGGUUCGGACACGCAGCUGGACGACUACAAGCAGGGCAGUGGGUUGAUGAAGCUUUACGGAGGGCAGCCAAACAUCGGUAUGUCCAGCAUCGCGCACUGGCUGAAGAGCUUGCGGCUGCACAAGUAUGUGUGGUUGUUCUCGAACCUGACGUACGACAAAAUGCUCGGCAUCACGGAAGAGUACCUGCAGAAUUUGGGUGUAACGAAGGGUGCCCGGCACAAGCUGGCCAUCUGCAUACAGAAGCUAAGGGAGCGUUACGGUACGUUGUUGCAGCUUGAGAAGGAUUUGAUCGCGGGACAGAAGGCUCAACUAGGCACGGUACUGGAGGAGCUGACCAACAUCGUGCUAACACCGAUGAAACCGAUCGGCAUGGAUCAGACGGAGGAUAUUGCUGGACAGUUUGCAAAAGUAUUGGAUCUAGUUGGUUCCAUCAUAGUAAUGCGACCGAUCUGUAACCAGCAGGACGAAGAGUACCUGAACAUUUUCCUGUGGAUUGUCGAGCGCGCACUGCACAACGACGCCUUCAUUGCACACUCUGCCCAGCUGAAGGAUCACAAGUACAAAGUGUCAAAGAUAAAGAUGCAAAUUGCGCCCAAGAGUGGACAUUUUGCGAAAAGUACGAACGUGGCUGGACCUGGUAUGAACAAGCCAAGAUGGUCCGCAAACAACAAGCAUAAACCAGUAAACGUCAACGAAUCGCAAGCGAAAUCACAUCGCAAAAGUUCUGUCCCGUACUUUGUACCACCGAGUCAUGUCAGUGCGGGUCAGCAAACAUCCGUCUGUUCGUCGCAACAAACUCACUCCCAUCUACAGGGUGCAUCAUCGUCACAGGUCAUGACGGCCCAUCAGUAUUUCCACCAUGCUAAUGCCAGCAACACUGGCACCGGCAGUACGGCCAAUUACAACAAAAGCUCCUCCUAUCCGAGCUUCGCCUCUACCCUGCACAAUGGUAUCGGUGGUGUAGGUAAUGGUGGUGGUGGUGGCGUCAUGAAACCGAUGAUAAGCAACAACCCGUCCAUCCCACAAACCAACCAUCACCAGCAACAGCAGCUUCCGCAUAAGCAAUCCGCACAGGCGGCUCCGUCGCUGCAACCGCCAGCCAUGCAACAUCCAAACUUUAUGUUUCAUCGACAUUCGUUGAGCAACAUUACGCAUCACCAUCACAAUGCUAACCCGCUGGUACCACCGCCGGCCAUCUUCCUGAACAAUCUCUGCUCCGUGACGGGUGAAAAUCGAUCCACCGGGCCGAAAAUCAUUGACAAAGGAAAUCCGGCUAUGAAACAGCUUGCCGGUGGUGGUUUAAUGAGUGCUGGGGAACAGUCGCUACUGGCAAAGGAUUGUAGCCCGAAUGAGCUGCGUGUGUGCGGUCAGAACGAUAGCAGUAACAGCCAGAAUAACCACAACAGCAGUAUCGUUGAUAUCAACUCGCGACUCGAAUUUCUCUGUCGGCAGAUGACGGAACAAGCGAUAAAUUAAUAAGCUGACUCCUGGGAGGGCUUAUAGGUGAUAUGAGCAGAGAGCUAGAGCUGUUAAACGCUGCGAUAAGGGUUUUUAGCAUGUAGCAGUUAGCAGUUAGCACCGAAACAAACUAAUCGAACGACAAGCUAGAGAAGCAUCGAAAGAAAAACAAAAUCUGGAUAGAAUGAGUUUAGGGUGGGGGGAAUGUUUUGGCCCCUUUUUGUGAGGCGAUAGAUGUGUUUAUGUUUAAAUGUGUGUCCGUGUACCUCUUCUUUAAGAAGAAACCAGUGUACAGUUGUGUUUUUUUUGUGUAGCUGUUUAAACCAUGUCGUACGUACGUAAUGACGCAAGGGACAAGAAAAAAUACGUAGCGCAAGUUUUCGCUAAAUGCAACAAUGUUAGCUCCUUACCGUACACAUACUAUAUAAACACCACGUGUAACAAAACGCUCACAGUGAGACAGAUUUGCAAAAAACACACUUGCAACAAUUAGUGCAGGUUCUUAUUAAGUUUUGUUUGAGUGGAAUGUACACCGCUUUGAUAAAAAAAAGAAAAGCAAAAAAAUAACGUUAGGUUUACAACAGUUGUCUCGUAGGUUAGCGCCAGUUUUGAUGUUGAACGUUUUUGUGUUAAGCUUUUGUGUUAGCACAACCUUUUUAUCUUGACGAUACACACAGAGUUUGUAGUGAAGAAUUGUAAGCAUAUUUUAAGACGUUUAUAUUAGUGCAUGCGCGCGCGCGCGCCCUUCUAUCGUGGACGUGGGCGAAUCUCGGGAAAACCUACCGACCAGUCACGCGGGUAUUCUGCAAAAAGUAUUUAUCUUGUUACGUUUUAGUUGAAUCGUACCAUUUAUUUUGUUUAAUUUUUAAGCGUACACCAGCUGCUAGCGGACUAAUGUUGUGUGUAGAGGUUUGUUCAUUUCUGACAAUGUAAAAAAAACGAUGUAAUACAUGCGACCGGAAGGGAAAUUGUUUCCCUUU